CGCAUCGCUAUUGGUUGUUGGGUAGGUUUCAUGUUUUCAUGUUUAGUUGUCAAACUUAUUGACUCAAGUAGUUAACUAAUUAAUCUCAAGUUUCGAGUGUGUUUUGUUUUUCGGCUCUUUCAUGGAACGAUACUUUAAUCACUUUUUAAGUUUAAAAUUGUUUGUAAGGUAUUUUGUCCCAAAUGGAACGCUGUACCGAUAGUUAUGAAUUAUUGGCUCUUAACGUGAGCGAAACUACAACAGAUGAAGAAAUAGAACGGCUAGCUAAAAGGAGGCAGACUCGAAGGAAACGGCGCUCAAGAACCCCUAUUGAAAAACAAAGCAUACCUUCUUCAUCAACAAAUAAAAAUGUGUCGGUGCCUAAAUUUUGUUGGUAUAUUUUAUGCUUGUUUUUCAUUGGAAACAUACUAUGGAUUUCCGGCCUAACAUGGGCAGCCACACAAUUAAGAACUGAUGUGCAAGCACUGAGAAACGUAACUGAAUCAGCAUAGAUUUGUGAAAUGGAGGCAGGUCGUGGGCAUGUGGGAGGUAUGCGUGGGGGUCCAGGAGGAAAAAAAAUGAGGAAGAGGAAGGAAUUGGAUGCACUAGUUGGAGGAGUAGGAGCUAAAAGAUCCACUGGUGGAUGUAAACGUCCUGGUAGUGGUGGAAUUAGCCCUCAAGAUCAACUUCUUUCUGAAUCUACUGGAGAAGAAGAAUAUUGGAGUUCAGCUAAGGGGGGGAGUGGAAAAGGAAGAAAACUGUAUUGUACUUCUCAUGGAAAAAGACAUACAAGUGCAUGCACUGCUUUAUUGAGACUUUGUACCAUUCUACUCGUUAUGGCAUGUGUAGUUGCUACUAUAACUGUAAUGUGGCUGUUUAUUGAUAUAAAAGAGCAAACUACAUCUCUUCGAAGUCAACUCGAUCAAGUUUCAGCAGGUAGUAAUGUAAUACCAGAUUCAAUACAAAGAUGUCAUUCUUUAACAAGACAGCUAGAGAAAAAUCAGACGAAAAUGACUAAUCAGCUACAAAGAGUUGCUCAAAAGCUCGCUAAUUUCUCUUCCAUGAUCAUAGGAAUACAGACCAAUUUAACUAAAGUUGAGAGGAAAUUAGACGAAUUGCCUUCACCACAGAUGGGUCCAGAAGAUAUGUUCGAAAGAAUUGGAGUAGCAAUCGCAGCAUUUAAAGCGGAACUUAUGGACAUGCAAACUAAAGCGUCCAAUAUAGUUAAUGAGCAAUCUGAAAUUAAGAAGAUGGUCGAUAAUCUGACUGGAAAUGUCUCUUCAUUCAAUGAUGAUCUGAAAGACUUGAAGAAGCACUCUUCUGGAGUAUUAUCAUCUGACCAGAGCAGUAAAGAUGAUUUAGUUAAUGUAAUAAAUGGAGAAAUGGAACCCAAAAUUCAAUUAGUUAAUUCCUCAAUACGAUCUGAAGUAAAGUGGUUAUCUGAUGACCUACAAAAAGCUCAGAAAACAAUCAGCAACUUGACAGAUGAAUCAGAGUAUUUGAAAAGUUUAAUCAAUACUACUCUACAUGAUUUAAAAUUACAGGGUCGUGAUAUUAAUAUAUUACAAAAUGAUAUUACAACUUAUUCAAAAGAAUGGGAAAAACUUUCCUUGGUUACUAAAGUUCUUGUAACAAAUGUUACCAAGCUUGUAACUAGUUGUUCAAAUUGUAAAUAUGCACACAACGAAGACUCUGUUGAUAGUACUCCAAUACCGUCUGCCUCUGAAAUGUCCAAAUCAUCUACAAAUGAAAUGGCAGAUAUACCUGUUUAAAAUUUAAUAUGUGAUCAUAAUGAGUUAUGUUUAUAUUAAACAAAAAUGUUAAAAUCAAGUUUAAAAUUACUCUCUUCUAUAUAUGUUAUAUAUAUAUAUACAUUUUUUUUUUUAAUUUUUGAUUGUAUUAAAGUAAUUUGGACAAAAUUUUGUAGCGAUUAUAGUAGUACUUAUUUAUUUUGUUUUGAUUUGUUCAGAGUUUAAAAAAAUAUUUAUAUUUUAUUUCGUUUAAAUAUGAUAUGAUUUUGUUUUAAGUGUUUAUUGAUUGAUAUUGUUGUUGUUUUAUAAAUUAACUAUUUAAAUUGUAUUCUCAAAUCUAAAGUAAAACUACAUAGUUAAGUGGUAGUAUUUAUAUGUUCCAUUAUUUUUACUUUACUUAAUAAUUAUUUCUAUCAUUAAUGUUAAUUGUCUAGUCUUUGAAUAACCAUUGAUAGUCACAUUGGUGUAUUGUAUAUAGCUUAUUAGAUUGUUGCCAACUUAUAGUUGACCAAUGUAUUAUUAAGGAAGGAGAUGGUCCUGGGUGGCUGUCAUAAACAGAC